GAGGUUCUCCGCUAGGUGGCGUCGAUGUGUACAUAUCAUCACACGUGUCACAGUUGUGUUUGACGCCCGCACGCAGCUCGCCCGACCCCCUGUACAACACAAUCACGGCGCUGCGAUUACAGUGUAGACGACUGUGAAUUCUCCAGCUGUGAGAGGUAUAACCUGAUCGCUCACAGGUGUCAUGAAUUGGGCUUUUCUUCAGGGUCUCCUGAGCGGGGUCAACAAGUACUCCACCGUGUUUGGUCGUGUCUGGCUGUCCGUAGUCUUCCUUUUCAGGGUAAUGGUCUUCGUUGUCGCUGCAGAGAAGGUGUGGGGCGAUGAGCAGAAAGACUUUGCAUGUAACACUGCUCAGCCUGGCUGCCACAACGUUUGCUACGACCACUUCUUCCCGGUGUCCCACAUACGACUGUGGGCGCUGCAGCUCAUCUUCGUCACCUGCCCGUCAUUGCUCGUGGUCCUUCAUGUGGCCUACCGCGAGGAACGCGAACGCAAGAACCGCCUGAAACACGGUGAGGACUGUCAGCGGUUGUACAUCAACACCGGAAAGAAGCGCGGUGGUCUUUGGUGGACGUACGUCCUCUCGCUGGUAUUUAAGAUGGGAGUGGAUGCGACCUUUGUGUACCUGCUAUAUCACAUCUACGAGGGCUAUGACUUCCCCACCCUGGUGAAGUGUUCUGAGUCUCCCUGCCCCAAUGUGGUCGAUUGCUUCAUCUCUCGGCCCACAGAGAAGCGAAUCUUCACCAUCUUCAUGGUGGUGACAAGUCUGGUGUGCAUCCUGCUCUCGCUCUUCGAGAUCCUCUACCUGGUGGGCAAACGCUGCUUUGAAUGUGCCCACAGGGUGCAGGGGUCACGGCAGAUAAACAGGGCAAAGUCCAUUGCAAACAUGAGGGGCUCAAAUACUCUUUUAGAGUCAAACACCAAUAAACUGGCAAGGAAAGACCAGCCAGCGCCAGCAUACAGUUUAAUCAUCUCAUCCUAAAGAAAAUAUUUUCGCCCCAAUGUGGGACUCCAAGAGAUGGAAAAUGUUCUUCACAUUCACCACGAUGUGAACUCGAACAUGACCGACUCAAUGGACGGUUGGCAGUAGAGUAAACUGCUUCUAUGCUUGUUCCCUAAAUCCACUGGAUCUUUUUGCUGGAAAGUUGUGGCCUGAUAAACAACAUUGUACAUUUGAAAAGGGGUCAAAACGGCAUCAUUCAGGAUGACACGGUCUUUAGUUUGCCUAAAGCAAGUCAGUUCAGGGUUUUGGGUGUGUGUGGCUUCUGUUGGGCCAAGUUCCAGAAAAACAAUGAGCACUUUGAUCAAAUAGCAAAUACAAAACAGUUGGUGUAAGCCCAGAUAAUGUCUUAUUAAUUAAAGUAUGUAUUUGUCAGUUGUUCAAUUGACACUAACAAGCAAAACGUGACUGCAAAUGAUGCUUGCAUUCACGUAUUUUAACAAUUGUUCGAUUGUACUCAUUUUUUAAAGCAGGAAACAAAAAUAAGCUAUUAUCUAUGAAAACCUGUUUCCAUCUAAGAGUAAAAACGUUUAGUAAUUCUGACUUAAUAUUUCGCAAUGUGAAAAAAAAAUCUGUCAUCAUUUACUCACCCCCUUGUCAUUCUUAUAACCCAUAUAAUUUUCUUUCUUCUGGAGAAUACACAAGACUUCUUUUGUUUUUGUCCAUAUAAUGAAGAUAAAUGGGAUCCAAAACAACAUUGGACCCCAUUGACUUCCAUUGUAUGGACAAGAAACACUGAUCA